AUGGCCAGAUUAUUACAGAUCUUCCUCUUCCUGCUGAUCACAGUGGACCUUGCCUCUAGAAGAGUCCAAGCCUGGGGCUCACCAAAGAUUGUGAGGCCAUUCGCAGACAUCCCCAAAAGCUAUGUCUAUGUGCAGCAAGCAGUCUGGUAUGCCAUGAAAGAAUAUAACAAGGCCAGCAGGGACAAGUACAACUUCAGGGUGGUGGACAUCAUGAAAUCUCAGGAGCAGCUUACAGACAGUCUGGAAUACUAUCUUGAAGUAAAAAUUGCCCGAACAAUGUGCAAGAAAGCUUUAGGAGACAAUGAAAACUGCUUGUUUCAAUAUGAUCCUAAAAUGAAAAAGACCAUGCUUUGCAUUUUUAUUGUUAGAUCCAAACCAUGGAGAUUUGAACUUGCUAUGCUGAAGAAGGAAUGCAAAGACAUCUAA